AAGAAAGCAAUGUUAAAUUCCACUGUUAAUUAUAAUGCUUUUCGAAACUCAACAUCCUAUAGUCAAGCAGGUCGCGGCAGCGGUAGAGGCAUUUUCAUGGGGCGGCGUUUCGACCAGCUGGGAGAAGUCAUGUGUUACAAGUGCGGCAAUGUCGGACACUUCGCUUCCGGUUGUGCGGUCAACGUUGGGGCUCCCGGAAACGUUAUCAGUCGAGGACGGAGAGUACCACCACCGGCCACAGUCUCUUCAGCUGCCCAACAGCAGCAAUUGGAACAGCAGAAGCAGGAACAACAGUGACAAACGAACAGGGCAUGAUGAAAUGGACAGUGAUGAUAAGUAUUUGAUUUUUUGUGAUUCUGAUGAUACAUUAGAGACGCAUUUUUCUUAUGCACUUGAUUUCGAAAAUAAAUGUUUCAUGUCUGAAAAUUAUGUUAAAAGUAGGUUGAAACAUUCUAUUGAAUUUUGGCGGUCUACUAUCAGUGCUAAUGCAGACAUUAUUAAUGUAAUUUAGCACGGUUAUGUUUUACCAUUUAUUAUUAAGCCUCCUACUUUUAUAAUGAAAAAUAAUAAAUCAGCUUUAGACAAUAAUGAAUUUGUAGAGGAAGCCAUUCAUGAACUUAUUUCGAAAAAUUGUGUUUAUGAGGUUCCUUUUAUUCCCCACAAUGUGAAUCCUUUGUCCGUUGCAACAAAUUCUUCUGGCAAGAAAAGAUUGAUUCUGGAUAUGAGUGUUUUAAAUACUUUUAUAAAGUAUGAUAGAGUAAAAUUUGAAGAUUAUAAAGUUGCAAAAGAAUUGCUCGUAGAUAAAGGUUUCAUGAUUAAAUUUGAUUUGACUAGUGGAUAUCAUCAUAUUGAUAUUUCUCCAAAUCAUCUUACUUUUUUGGGUUUUUCAUGGAAAUUUGGCAAAAUUGUAAAAUAUUCGUUUUUUCCGUGUUAGCCUUUGGCAUUACAUCUGCUCCAAAAGUCUUUACUAAAACGUUAAGACCGUUAAUUAAGUAUUGGAGAUUAAAUGGUUUGCGUGUUGUCAUUUUUCUUGAUGAUGGUUGGUGUGUAAAUGCAACGUAUGAGAAAACAUUAAAUGACGGUAAAUUUAUACUGGAGACUCUGCAAAGAGCGGGUUUUGUUUUAAAUAUGGAAAAAUCUAUUUUUAUCCCUGUACAGUGUUUAGAAUGGGUAGGUUUUGUCUGGGAUUUAAAAUGUGGAGUGAUUCGAAUACCGGAGCGGCGUAUUCAAAAUACUUUAGAGUGUUUAAAUAAAGUUCAGUCUUCCCUUGACUACAUAACAGCUAGAAAUCUUACUUGCUUGGCGGGUAAAAUAAUAUCGAUGUCUCCUGUUUUAGGAAAUGUUUGUUUAUUGAAAACUAAAGUAUUUUACAGAUUGAUAGAAAGCAGGCUAAGUUGGGAUUCAUAUUUAAGUGCGUCCGAGUGUAAAGAUGAUUUGGAAUUUUGGCAUAAUGUGUUUUCUGCUCCUUUUGAGAAACCAUUAUUCACAGAUUAUAUUCCGGAAGUGUUUGUUUUCUCAGACGCUUCCGAUAGAGCGGGGGCAGCAAUAAUUCAACAUGAUGGUUCUAUUUCACACAGGAUGUGGUCUGAUGAUGAGCGAGGGCAAAGUUCUACGUUCAGAGAACUUAAAGCUAUACAAUUUUGUUUGUUAAGUUUUUUACCAAAAUUAAAGGGUAAAUGUGUUUUAUGGCACACUGAUAGCAAGAACUGUGUUAGUGUUAUUAAAAAGGGUAGUACACAGCAAAUGCUUCAUAAUAUGGCUUUAUAUAUAUUUUUUUUAUGUGCUGCUAAUGCAAUUUCUUUGAAAAUUGUUUGGUUAAGCAGGACUGAAAACACAGUUGCAGAUAGUCUUAGUAGGUUGAUAGAUUAUGAUGAUUAUGGUGUUUCUAAACAGUUCUUCUAUUAUAUUGAUUCAUUGUAUGGACCUCAUGACGUAGAUAGAUUCGCUAAUUCUUACAAUCACGUAUUACCUAGGUAUAAUUCUUUAUGUUGGACUCCGACAACGGAAGGUGUCGAUGCUUUUUCGGUAAAUUGGUGUAACAACAAUAAUUGGUUAGUUCCUCCAGUUUAUCUUAUUCCAAAAGUAUAAAAUUAUUUAAAUGCAUGCAGAGGACGUGGUACAUUGGUUGCGCCAUACUGGCCUUCUAGUCCAUUUUUUCCAAUGAUUUUUGGUAAAGAUACUCAUUUAUUGUGUGCUAUUAAGGAUAUUUUAAUUUUUGAUAAUCCUAAAGAUAUUUAUGUGCAGGGUAGAAAUACUGAAUCAAUAUUUGGUUCGGAACAAUUUACAAGUAAAGUUAUGGUUGUUAGGUUGCAUUGUGACGUUUAAGUUUAUUUGUUUUUGUAUUUUUUGUUUUGUUAUAAAGUAUCUGAAAAUUUAUAACUACAGGCAUUUUCAAAUCGGACAGAUGGAUACAGGUUGCCGACAUGUGCAAAAAAGUCUCGGUUCACCCACAGGACAUGUUCUCAGAAGUUAAAGGUCUUCUUUUUUGAGGCAAAGAAAAAUCAACUGUGCAUCAAUACAGGUUGACUUUUGAAAAGUUUUGUUUGUGGUGUAAAAUUCAUAAUUUGGAAAGUUUACCAGCCGACCCAGUAACUGUAGCUUUGUAUUUAACAGAAUGUAUAAAGGAGUGCCAAAUUAGUAAAUCAAAACUUAAUAUGAUUUUUUAUUCUAUAAAUUGGGCUCGUACUAUUUCCAUAGAAAUUAACCCUUGUUUUGAUCAGUGGCUUAAAUUAUGUCUUUCUGGGUGCAUUCGGAGAAUUGCAAAGCCGGUAGUUAAAAAAGAGCCUAUUACAUCAGAUAUAUUAAAGAAAUUUUAUCACACUUUUGUUUCUGAGAGCGAUUGUUCUUUGGGGGAUUUAAGAGACGUUACAAUCUUUUUCUUAUCUUAUGCUGGUUUUUUCAGGAUAAGUGAAAUUUUGUAAGUUAAAAGAUCAGAUGUUGUGUUUUUAGAUACGCAUUGUGAAAUUAAAGUUGAAAAGUCAAAAACGGACAUUUUAAGAGAAGGUAAUACUGUUCUCAUUGCAAAAACUAAUACAGACACAUGUCCUGUAAAAUUGUUUGAAAAGUAUUUGUGUGUUGCAGAUAUUGCAUGUUCAUCUACUGAUUAUGUGUUUAGACCAGUUUAUUUGUGUAAUGUUAAACAAUGUUUCAAAUUGAUUUCUAAUAAUAAGCAUAUUAGUUAUUCUACUAUAAAUGAUAGUUUUAAGAAGAAGUUAAGUCUAUUGGGUUAUGUUUCUUUUAAAUAUGGACUUCAUUCUUUUCGUGCUGGUGGAGCAUCUAUAAGUGCAAAUAAUAAGACUGUGGAUAGACUUUGGCAAAGACAUGGUAGAUGGAAAAGUGUUUCCACCAAGGACGGAUAUGUUAAAGAUUCUUUGAAAGACAGAUUAUCGGUGUCGCUAAAUUUAGAUUUGUGAAGAGUCAUUAUUAAUUUAUCUGUGAUUUGAAAUAUAUGAUGUGUUGUUCGUAGCACAUGCAAGGCACUAUAAUAUAUUAUUAUAUAAAUGGUUUGGAAAUGCUUUUGAGUAUUAGUAAGUUCUGUGUUUGUUUGUGUGUAUGUUCCUUGUGGUCAUUGGACCAAUUUGUUUACGGCCAUUUGGCCUGAUUUGGUAAGCCAGUUGGCUUGUAUGGUCAGUUGACCGUUUUUAAAGCAAGUUGAUCUGAUGUGUGAAAGCCGGUUGGCUUUUGUGACUUGACCGUAUUUACUUAGAAAGCAUGUUCACAUGGAAUUAACAAUCUUUGCAAGUUUAUUUUUUGCAGUGCAGUAACUGGACAGUUCGAAUGGUAUAUUAAGUAUUGGAGAACAUAAAGGUAUGGUUUAUGUAGUAUGUUAUUAUUAUUAUAAUGAUUAUGAUUAUGAUAUUUUUUAUUUCCGUUUUAAUAUUUAUCAUUAAUUUUGUAAAUAUUGUUUUAUUAUAUCUUUUUAAUUCUCUUGUGCAUUAUUCGAGUGGUCAUUUGACCGUUUGUGAAGGCCAGAGUGUGCCUGAUGUUGAUUAGCCGUUUGGCUUGUGUGGUCAUUUGACCGUUUGUGAAGGCCAGAGUGUGCCUGAUGUUGAUUAGCCGUUUGGCUUGUGUGGUCAUUUGACCGUUUGUGAAGGCCAGAGUGUGCCUGAUGUUGAUAAGCCAGUUGGCUUGUGUGGUCAGUUGACCGUUGUUUAAGGCCAUAGUGUGCCUAUUUUGAACGAAUUAAUUUUAUUGCUUUUACAAAUGUUUAUAAUUGUAUCUUUUCAGUUAAAACACAGUUCGAGAGGUAUAUAACGUGGUGGAGAAUAUUUAGUAUAUUUUCAGUUCGGUUUUUAGUCCAUGUGAGAUGGGAUCUUAACACGAACCGAUUCCUUUACUGGGAAAGACGAUGGGUGUAUUUUCAUUUAAGUCUGAAGCAGCUAAAUUUUCUUGAUUAUUUUUACUCAUGUUUUACUUAAUAUUGUGUUUGAAUAAGGUCUUUUAAGUUAUGGGUGUCAUGUUUUUCGAGACUCUCACUUCCUGGAGAUAGUACCUCCAGCAUACUUAUUGUAAUAUUGGUAUGUUUAAAUGUCAGUGUUAUUAUUUUUUGUUGUCGUUCGUAAUGAACGUUUAAUUUUAAAUUUUUUAUUGUACGAUUACUUAAUAUUUUCUUUUUGGUGUGACUGGUUAGAUGUUGAAGUCGGUUUAAUAUAGCUGUUAAAUUCGUCAUAUGCAUUUAUAUAUUUCUCGGAAUAUUUAUGAUUUUUAGAUGCUUUAUGGAUUUUAUGGUUUGAGUGACUUUUUUGUUUCUUGUUGAUGUCCGGGGUGUGAAUGGGAUGCUUUUGAUGUUUGUUUGUUAUGUUAACUUGCGCAAUGAAAUUGAUAAUGUUUAAUUACAUUUUUUACUAUAAAAUACUUAAUGUUUACAGUAUCUUAAUAGCUGCUUAUUUGUAGAUUUCUCUAAAUUAGAGGUUUCGGGAGGUGAUGAAGGCACCUAGACACCGGUCUCGAGCCAUGGGUCCUCAUACGUCCCCCUGCCAUUAAAAGAAAAAAUAAGAAAACAAAAAUGGCAGUAGGGUUGCGUAUCUCGCCCGCGGUUUUACCUGAAUCGUUUAUUACUACUGAUUAUUGUAUGGGGUGUACGUGAAGUCAUGUACACUUCUCUUGAUUGGUGGUGGUAGAUGAAUCUUGCAGAUAUUAGCAGCUGAUUUGAACAAAUUCAUGAAUCACAUUUGUUAAUUUAUAAUAUUUAAGCAAGUUGGCGUGAUUGAUGGGCAUUGGGGACGUCCUGUGUGCACUUUGGGCAUCGGCGGGGAUCAACUUAUUUAAACAGUAACUCUUUAUUUGAGAUAUAUACUUGACGUCUAAUUGUUAUGAAUACAUUUGCACUUUUUCACAUGACACACAUGUGUAUGUGAAGUGUUCAUAAAUACAUGCUCUACAGCAUUUAAAUAGUAUCGUUUCAGUUCUUUUUACACCUGAACAAAGAUGUUGCACCGUUUCCAGUCGUCUCGAGAUUCCUCAACUGAGCGGUGCCGUUGAGGUCUAUAUCCAUUGGCACAACAUAUACGGGCGUCAGAAGAAUGGUUUUUUGCAUUUAUUUGUUGAAAGUCCUGUCAAAUACAAGCACUCACUCCUA